GACAGAAGAUGCAAGAAAAUGGCGAAUAUAUUUGAGUCUGCGAAACCUAGUGGGUACUACUGUAAUGUUAAGCAUAAGAAAAAUAUUCCUAUUUGAACACGCUUGUAUAUAGUUUUUCUUUGCGGAAGUGCCUGCGCGUUUCAGACAAUGGACUGGUAACCGUCUGAUGUUGCAUAUUAGGUGAAUUAACUUUAGCCUAACGCAAAUUAGCAUAACAAAGUUAGCUAUGGGACAUUAAGUUGGUUUACUGUGAAAUGCGUCUUUACAGAGGACUUGACCGAUAGACUGUUGGAGUUUACUAGCAAGUUUACCGUCUGUCUAGCCAAUGGAAGAAGAAUUUAAUAGAUUCGCUUCAAAGCUGUCCUGUUUUAUGGCUUAUACAUAAACGUGGAGUGAUCUACGGUAUGGCCUUGCACAACUUGGUGUUUGUGGUUGACGUCGAUUAUGGAGAUCACGAUUCAAGCGAUGGCGUGGAUGUCAGAAAUCAUCACCUGAAACGAGCAAUACUGCGUAUUCUGCUGCACUUCGGCUACAAGUAUGGGUUUGAGAAGGUGCGCUGGGGCUAUAAAUUCUUCCACUCCAAGGCUGGUCGCAAUGUUAACUUCAUACCCAGGGGCUCAGACUUCAAAGAACUUAAGGAUAAAGCUUUUGAGGACUUUGAGAUGGAAUUUGAAGCCAAGUUGGAUAUGAGGGAUAAAACGUGUCUUUCACAACCAAAGCAGAGGCCAAAUCCAUCCGCCUCGGUUCAAAACGCAGUGAAAGAGGCUCUUUUGGAUUUCCAGUGGGACAGACCAGACAUCACCUCUCCCACUAAAUUGUCAUUGAGACCUAGGAAGUCCGUACGAGCUGGCAGAGGUGGCAUUUCUGAGACGGAGGAUGUUACUGGCGAUGGGAGGAAUGUGUUGUUUGUUGUCUCUGAGUGUCCACAUUCCAGGACACAACUUGCAGAAUACCUGUGUCUUCAAAAUCAUGCCACACUUAAGGACAUACCGGAGCAUAUUUUAUCUAAAGGGCUACAAGAAAUGUUGGCCCAGCGGCAGGUUGUGUUGCAUUGGAUUGACAGCAGUUCACAUCUCCAGGUGAUAAGAUGUGAGGACCACCUGGGUUCUGACAAGCUGUCCGAGGUGUUGGGGCAGGUGGGUGGCAGAGUGGUUCCAAUGGACUCUCUGUUGAGCCUCUGCUGCACUCAGAAGCCAUCCAGUGGGAGGUCAAAACUUGACUCCGGUCCUGGGAGGGAACUGUUUUCCUUUGAGUCCAGCAUUGGAUACCUGCUGUCUUCUGAACAACAUUACCGCCUGGCUUUUCCUGUCAUCACUGGGGUUCUGCAUUGGCAGCAAGGCGAUGCAUCACAGAGCUGCAGUGUCUUAGUAGAGCCAAUGUCCUGUAGACAGAGGCUCCUUGCUGAACCAGUGGAAGUGUAUCUGAAGAGUGUGCUCCAGGGCUGGGAUGCCUCGUCACUAACAGAGGCCUCCACAGAGUCAUGGGUGCUGCAGUGUUCCAGUAGCAGCAGCAGCAGCCAGGGCCAAGCUGCCUUCCACCACUUCCUAAUGGAGCUCUCUGCCCAGGCUCUGCAUAUGUUUGCAGAGGUGAAUGAUAGCAGCCUGGUCUGCUCUGCCAUCCUCUCCCCGCUGUCACCCUUCACGGCUCUGCUCACCGUCCUUCAGCCUGACGUCACCCUGCACAGCCGGCUGCUGACCUCUGAGGUCAUUACUCCUGCCACAGCCGACACUUCCACUGAUCUGCCGGAUGUCGUCAACAGUGUCCUGGGAGUCGUCUACGGCAUCAUGGAGGAGGAGGGAGACAGUGGAGAUGCCCAGCUAAAAGACCCUCAGGUUCCUGAGUGGGCUCAACAGGAGCUCAGCCAGCGGUCCAGCCUGCAGACAUUGAGCCUCACAGACCGCUGGUUCCCCCAGUCGGACCAAUCAGGAGUCAGUUCCCAUUUCAUGGAGUCAUUGAGGUUGCUGCAUGCAGUUCCAGAGCAGACAGAAGAGGAGGAGCUCUGUCUUCUACAACAGGAGCUGGUCAGUGGUCUGGCUGAACUCUACCAGACCUCCCAGGGUCUUAAUAACAAGAGGGGCACGAAACGUGGUGCCCAGCGCACACCAGUGAAACAGAAGAUGAAGACCAUGAGCCGCUCCCUGCAGAUGCUGAAUGUGGCACGGCUCAAUGUGAAGGCCCAGAAGAACCAGACUGACGCAGAACCAUCUGGGACCGAGGGCAGAGGGCCGGACAGGCAGGGGAAGAGACGGUCGAGUGACAGAAGCAAAUCUAGAGGAGCGAACACAAUCAACUUCAGGAGUGAGGCAGAACUGCUGGCUCACCUCAAGUCCAGUUAUGAGAAGAUUAUGGCAGAGAGAGACUCGUCCCUAAUCGCUGGAAUCCAGCAACUUCUGUCUUCUGUCAAAACUUGCCUGACUACCACACCAGACCUGGGGCUGAAGACCUCCAUCCUUGUCCAGCAGCACCUGCUUAAGUCCAGCAAAUUAAUCAGGCAGUUUUAUAGCACCGCCUCUGAUGUUGAGAGAAAAGUCAGAGAGUGCCAGCUCCAGGUGUUGCUAAGGUUUGAGUUGUGUAGACUCCAGCUCUCGGAGCAGAAUGACUCACUGGAUGCAGAUCAGAUAGUAGAGGAGGUGGCUGAUAUGCUCAGGAUUAUCUCUCUAACCAAAGACCCAGUUUGCCUAACAAAAUUUCUGCAAGAGGAGAUCCUCCCGGAGUUCCUGACAGCCGUCCCCAGGUUGCUGGCAGAUGUUUACCAUAGUCUGGGCACCCAGCUUCCUGAAGCCUUGGUGGCUGCUCUGCCUGCUGAAUUCUUCAGUGACGACUCAGUUGCCAAGGACAGUGUUUCUUCUUCAGCUUCCUCACCUCCCCCCUCUACUGCUCAGAACCUGGUUUCAGACGAUGGGGAUCGUCUGCAGGACCUGAGGAACCGCUCUGCCAAUAAGAGGAGGAGUGGGAUGCUGACUCGUCAUCGCAGUAUGACUGAAACUUCUCAGCGCCAAAUAGAGAUACCUAAAAAAACCACAAGAGCUGCCAAACUGAAGGUCAGCGUUGCUUUGGAGAAUCCAGUUCCAGAGCCCCCACCUCAGAAGCAAACAACACAAGAGGUGACCAAGGUGAGGAGAAACUUGUUCAACCAGGAGAUUGUAUCCCCCUCAAAGAAAGCCAAGCUGCCAAGGAGCCAGUCGGUGUCUGCUGUGGAAGGGUUGAAACGCAAGCGGAGUCAGGAGUCAGAAGAGAGGCACAAACUCCUAACAAAGAAAGUUUCUGAAACGCCCCUCCACAAGCAAGUGUCCAAUCGCCUUCUAUACAGACAGAGAAUGGGAAGGAGAUCUGCACCAGCUGAGGACUGCAUUGUGGAGGAAUCACCAGUGAAACCCACAGAAGACCUAAGAAGAAGCCCAAGGAUAAAGAAAUUUGCUCGAAGACAUUCAACCACCUUCUACUCAGGCUCUCAGGCUCGCUCCCGUAAUCUGGACAGAGCUCUUUCAGCAUCCCAGCUUUCUUUCAGUGACAGCAGAAUCAGCGAGGUCAACCUAAAAACGAUCCGCUCUCCUAUGCGUCUUCUUUUUGGGGCUGCUCAGUCGCCUGGUCGUCCUUCCAAAUCCGCUGAGUCUUAUGCAACCAGGGCCAGCAGAAGAGGGCUAUCCACAGACUCUGAUGUUUUUGAGAGUCCAAAUAAAACGCCAACAAAGUCACCUGGUAAACGUGGUAGGGCUGCUCAUGGGAACAGAACACCCCGGACACCAAGGACCCCUCGGAUGACAACUACCCCCAAGAAGCCACCAUCAUCCAGGAUUCAGGUACACUCUGUCACAGAGAGCCCUGCAGCAGGGAGCUCUCAUGAGUCCGGUGUGGCAUUGAGGGGCAGCCCAUUCAGAUCUCCAACCAGAAGGAAACUCAUGGUAGAGACACCCAAGAAGGAAAGCCCUGUGAAGAGCCCACUGAAGGGUAUUCUUCGGACCCCGGUCAAGGCCUUGCUGGAUUGCAAAUCCCUUUCUGACGUACUCAAGAGCCCAAGUUCCAGGACUCCCAGGAAAUGUGUGACAUGGUCACCGUCACCCAGAAAAUGUGGAAUGGCAGAGAGCAGUGUAAUUUUCAAGGUGCCAGAGUCACCUCACAGUGCAACCAAAAGCUCUCCAGGAUUGAUGAAAACACCCACCAAGCUCAACAGUCCUUUCAAAAGUGUAAACAUCACAACAGAUGUUUUCAUGACCCCAGAUAAGAUAUCUCAUAAACGGUGCAGCUUGUCUCCUAAAGUAAUGCUAACAAAGAUUUCUGAAAUCUUAUCAAAUGGUAGUACUUCAACACAAGAGAAAAAUCAGAGGUCCUUAGAAAGGCUCCAUAAUAAGAUUAACACUCCUGUAAAGGAUGUAAAAACUGAUACUGUUGCUAAUCCCAGGGAACCUCCUUUGCAAUCCACACCACCUCCAGACCACCUUGUCCCAUACAGACCCAACACUGUAACUCCAACCAAGAGGCCUGGGCCUGUUCACCAAAUGAUUACUCGCUCCGGAAGAACUCCUAUUAAAAGCUCAAAUGUCAUGUCACCAUGUAAACCAGGAUUCACACCAGAAAGAGAUACUACACUGUCAGAAACAUCAGACACUUCCUCAAAGUCUCCAGGAAAACGUCUGAGGAGAAUUAAGUCUAGCCAAGGUGUGAGAAAAAGAACUAGACAAAAUUUAAGAUCCCAGUCAAGUGAGAGUCUGUCUUCCAAGCCACACACAGAAUCUAGCUCUGAUGAGACCUGUGACCCUGUGGAAAAGAACAUGCAGUCAGACCUGCAAGAGCAAAGGCCACAGCCUGAACCUUCCCAAACCCCUGAAAAUGGGUCUACCUCGCAGACAGAUUCACAGCAAUUUGAAUCUUCCUGUUUUAGCCCCGCCACCACAGACAAUGACAGCAUGGACAUUGUUGAUGCUGCUGUCGUCAGGACCCAACUCAGCGGAGGUGUCAAGAUGAACAUCAGCUUCUCUAGGAAGCCUUCAAAGUCCAGUGAAGCGUUUCAAUCUGUUGGAGCAUCUCCCAAGCCUCCUCUGCCAUCCCACGGCACACCUGGACGAAGCUAUGGUUUCCGGCAGACACCUGAUCGCCAACAAAGGGAGGCUGCUGCACGUUUGGGUUACUCUAAUGAGCCCCCGCGAUUUUCAACCCCUCGAAAUUCUGCAAAGCCUAGUCGACGAAAGGGCUUGGGUAACGCAAACCCUCUGACUUACCAAGUAGAACUGGAGAUGCAAACAUCAGGAAUCCCAAAACUCAAAUUUAGACGCACAGACUCCUUUAAUGCAUCUGAUUUGGCCACAGACGGUGGUCCUCGGUCGGGGGCUCAGAGCCCAACAGUGGGCGUGAAACCUUCUCAGCUGGAAAGCCCUUCGGCUUUAUGCUCUAAACACAGAGAUCCUGGGUGUGUCUCACCGUCUGUCUGCACUCGUGUCACCCCAGCCAAGAGCACACCUGGUAAGGGUGGAAGUGUACAAACUUUCAUUUGCCAAUCCUACACACCUACACGCCACCCUGCCGGAACCAUGUCCCCAUUGGGAAUUGCAGAGGUCAUCCCGCUGACGCCUUCACCUCAGGGUGUUGGGAAGGCAAUUACAGACAACCUCAACAGCUGGCCACGAAAGAAGAGAGCUCAGACUGCUGUAGCCGGAGGAAAAGAUCGUGUCCUGAAGGGUGAGCCACUGCUGGAGGAGUUGUUGGAGGAAGCUGAGCUAGGAGUUAGCAGGUUGCAGGACAAUGAAGACAAUGAUGACUCUGUAAGCUACAAAGGAGCACCAUUGGCUCUGACCUCCAAGCAGUCACUGAAGGGAAUAGAUGUGUUACCUGUUUCUCCUCUUGUUGACCUGGACUGGAUGGAGACGCUAGCUCAGCAGGCUGACAGGAUGGAUCCUCAGAAUGGUGAAGAUGACAUGAUCUGGACCGCUGGAAACGGAGAUGUCAAGUCAAUGGUGACUCCUCCCAGCUCCAAGGUGAGAAAGCCGGUGACAGCGAGUGGGAUUCUGGCGCUUACACACUCGCCCUUGUUGUUCAAGGGCAAAACAGGCUCUGCUGCUAAGAAAACGCCACACUUAAAAGAUGAAGCUACAUCUGACAGGGGGAUGGGUAUUGAGGUGGAGCUUUCUCCGUUCAGCCGGCCUCCCAGACGCUCAACCACAGGAAAGACCUACAGCAGGAAGAGACUGCUAGACUGAAUCGCAGCAAACACUGUGAAAAAUGACACAUUGCAUUUUAUUGUCAAGUCAUGAAGAAUGUCUGAGCCAGAUUUUGUCAGAUAUUCCUUUGAUGGCCUGAAAGAUUUCUUUCAAGCACUGCUUCAAAAGCUGGUUUGAUGAAUGUCCUUUUCAACCUCCACCAACUCAUUUGGUAACUGACACCUCUGUUUUGACCAGUGCUCUCGUGGCUGUUUUUUAAUCUGGAGAUUUUACAGUCUUAUGUUUAUAGGUAGGCCUAACCCUGAAUUUAAGAUCCUGGAGAAUUGCCCUCGCUGUUAGUUUUAGAUAUGAUUUGCCACUGAUUAAUUUAUCUUAAAAAUGACAUUGUUUUCUUGCCCCAGUCUUUUUGGUGCUACAAACUUAUGGUCAGUUGUCAAACAAUAUUCCAUUUCCUUGCUCUUCAAAAUUAAAGCUAUUUUUCAUUCAGUUCCAUGCGCAAAUUGGUUGUGAUAAGUACAUUUCAUGUUUGUUUAUUUUCUAUGUGUUCCCCUCUGUCACAGAAUGGAUUUUAAGUAUAAGGGAAGGAGUGAUGAUGGACUUAAAAUGUAAAUAUGUUCUAUGUUGCCAAAGUCUUUUGUAAAUAAAAACCAAUUCUCCUAA